UUUUCAGAUGCGGCUUUUUAUAGUGUUUGCCCCCUUGUUCGCAGUCUCUGCCCCUCUCAACUGCUACAUUUGCAAUAGUAAGAAACAACCGGAUUGUAUCGACAAUUAUCAAGCAUUUAAUACGAUUUGCCCAGUCAGAUCGCUCGGUGGAGUGAAGCUGCAUGAGCCAGUUGGAUGCCGUGUGACCCGUCAGUAUUCCAAAGAAAAGAUGUGGAUUAUCCGAGAAUGCGGCUACCUUGGCGAAGAACGUGAACGAAAGUUCAACACAACCACCUACUUGAAUGGGGUAAAGGAACCUGCAACAUGUGUCUUCUCCCAAUGCUCUGAAAACCUUUGUAACUCUGCCGAAUCAUCCAACUACUUCCUCACCGCCGCCGCCGUCUUCGUCGCCAUUUUCAAACUUUUUGCCUAAACUCUAUAAACUGAUUGUUUCUCUCUCUCUUCGUACCAGUACCCUUCCAUAAAAUUUUCAAUUGUAUUUUUUGUGGGUCUUUUGCCAAAAACUACCGAAUUUCGUAAUGAA